UUCUGCAUUUGUUUGCAGCUCUUCAGUGGAAACGAUUCUCUAUCAUUGGACAUAGUAUGGGUGGGAAUGUGGCAGGAAUAUUUAGUGCCUUGUACCCAGAGAUGGUUGAUGCCGUAGUUCUCCUGGAUACAUAUGGAUUCCUCCCAGCACAAGUGACUGACAUGUUUAAGAACAUGAGGAAAGGGAUAAAUGAUCAAAUCCAGUAUGACAACAAGACGGAGGAGAGGAAAGAGAGGGUCUACACAUAUGAGAAAGCCAAAGAAAGGUUGAAGGCUGCAAACCCCUCCCUUUCCGAUCAGUCUGCAGACAUUCUGUUAGAGCGAGCGGUCAGAGAAGUUGAGGGAGCAUUUGUAUUCACCAGAGAUUUCAGGAUCAACCUGAAAAACGUUGUGAAUAAUAAUAUGGAACAAUGCCUCCACAUGAUGUCACUAGUUAAAGCCCCAGUGAUGAUACUGCUGGCAAAAGACGGCCUGUUCAAAACCUUUAUUCUACCUGAUGGAUAUGUUGAUAUGAUUCUGAAGGGCUGGACUGAUCAAAAAGCCACCAUUGUUGAUGUAGAAGGGGAUCAUCAUAUUCACCUCAACAAACCUGAGUCCGUGGCCUCCAUAAUCACUGAUUUUCUUCAGUCACACAGUCCUGACAAAACAGAGAGUGAAUCUAACAAUAACCAGUCUUCCAAAUUAUAGCACACACAUGCUGAUUCAAAUAAUGAAGUAGUCUGUACUGAUUCAAGAUACUCAUACCAUUCACCAGUUCUUGAUAAUGUGAUACUUUAAGCAUCACAAACCAAUUUAAAAUAAAAAAUUUUUUCCAAAAGGUGUUUAUUAGAAAACGUUCAGAACAUUUGUCUUCCAUUUUUAACGAGAGGUUUAGUCCCUGCUGUUGGAAAUCUCUGUCACAGAGGACACAGGACCUAGGGUGACCAUACCGGCUAUUUUUAUGGGAUGCGCCCUAGCCAGGAUUUCUAUAUUGCCUAAAAUAUCCAGGUUUUGGCUGUUAGCACUGUGCAGAUCGAUCGUUG